AUGUCUCCUACCGCAAUAGAACAUCCCUCAACUGAGGUUGAGUCACAUUCGACGUCUGAAAAGCUCUAUCGCAAUGAAUUGAAGAGUAAACCAGCGGUUGAGAUGCCCAAAGUUGCAGAACUAGGAGUCCCUUCUUUCGAUGAUCCACUUAAAGCUCGAGAAUAUAUGAGGGGCCGCCUUGCUCUAGCGUUCCGUGUUUUUGCAAAGUUUGGCUUUGAUGACGGCGAUCCAGUCGAGCCGACGAGCUUUUGGGUCAAUCCCUUUGGAGUGUCAUGGCCUAGAAUGACUGCGAAUGACCUCAUUCUGGUAAACAAAGACGGAAAGGUAGUAGAUGGAGGUCCCGUUCGUCUCCUCAACGCCGCAGCAUAUGCGAUUCAUCAUGAAAUCCACGUUGCAAGGCCAGAGAUUAAUUGUGUCGCGCACUCGCACUCUAUCUACGGCAAGGCCUUCAGUGCGCUUGGUCGCAACCUAGAUAUCAUCACACAGGAUUCCUGCGCCUUCUAUAACGAUAUCGUCUUAUACACCUCCAAUGGAAUCGUCCUGGACUCAGAAGAAGGUCGUGCCAUUGCUCAAGCAUUAGGAAACAAGAAAGCCGCAAUCCUCCAAAAUCAUGGGCUGAUUACGUGCGGCAAGACUGUUGAAAGCAGCAUUUUCUGGUACUUGUCGUUGGAAAAAUGUUGUCAGGCUCAAUUGCUGGCUGAUGCAGCUGCAGCGGGCCGAGGUGGCCACACAGUCAAAAUAACGGAACAGGAUGCUGCGUAUACCUAUAAGACCGUGGGGUCGGAGAUUGCCGGAUGGUUCAGUGCCAAACCUGUUUUCGAUUUGAUGGAAUUCGAGUCUCACGCAGGUGUUACCGGUUGA